CUAUUAAGCAGCCGGAAACGAACUGAAGAGGACAGAGCAAGGGGGCAGAGUCGGGGAGGAUCCAAAAAAAAAAGAAGAAGAGAAACGUUUACAUGCACUGAAGUGGAUGCAGUUUUUCAAGGUAAAUCCUGUUUUUAACCUCAUCGAUUAAACCCGGUGUUAAAAGCAAAAGCAGCACAAUGCAUGCGCUUUUGUUAAAACGUCGAGUAAACGGUCCAAAUUUAAAGGAUCUCCAUUUUGGACCAGAUGCAGAUUUUCUUGCCGUGUAAACAAGCUGAGGAGGGAUCCCCUGCCUCUUUAUUAAAGACUACGAUUAGUCAGUGGUAAUUCGCAGCCGGCGACCGGGACUUCCAGCUAAGUUGCCUGCACGGCUUAAAAACACCAGACCGAACCACCACCAACUCCCCGCGCGGCUUUAUUUGUUGUACUGAAUGCGACCCACCGGAUUCCUGAGUCCGAAAAGAUGCGAAAGAGCCUGGGAAGAUGAGGGCGAGAGAGCGCUGCUUCGCCUAGCCGCCCGCUCUGAGCCACCUGGGCACUGGCUAGUCGUUUGCAAAGCUCAACAACUGUCAUGAAAAAGCCGGGAAGAAAACUGCCCCUGAACUCUGUCGGAGGCAGCGGCAGCGGCGGCGGCUUGUGCUUUGAAACGGCGGGUUCCUCCCGCGGGGGCUUUUUGACUGAGGAAGAGGCGAGUCUCUUUCCUGUCACCGUUUAGAGACGCGGAUGGGGGAGGAAAUCCAUUCAUUCAGUUCUGCAGGUGUGUAAUCAGCCGUAGCCCCGGGAUCUCCUGUGGAUCUACAACCGAGCAACAAGAACAACAAUCCCAAUACCCUCCGGAGAGUCAGGUUUCCAGUGCUACUGCGUGCGAUUUUUAUUUUCAUUUUUAUUUGAUUACAUUCCCUCCCCCAUCCUGCCUCUCUCUUCCUGACGGGGAGUGGGCGCUCGACUGAGAUUAGUCAGCAAGUGUGUCUAACCCCCACCACGAUUCUACACACACACACACACACACACACACACACACACAUCCCUCUCCUGGACCAAGAAACAAAAAAAAGCCCCCUCCCAAAAAUAACACCACGCACUUGCCAGAAAGAUCAGCCACCAACCAUAAACAGAAACAAAGAAAUAGGUGUUACCACCCAAAAGAUCGUGAUUUCCUUCCUUUUUCUGGGUGUUCCUUUUUCCCUUUCUCCCCCCCCCCUUCGCCCUCUCCCUUCCCCCUCUCCCUUCCCCUGGAGAGGCUUUGUUGCUGUUUAAAGUCAGACAAUGAGGCGCCGGGAAACUCCCCUCGGCCGCCUGGAGGGAGGCAAAGAGCUUUAGCACCCACCGUGCACGAAGGGGGAGGGAGAAUUGCCCUGCCUGGUCAAUUUCAGCCCGGAGGGGAAGCUCCCGCCUGCCUGGGCUCCCCGAUGGUUUUGCCUCGGCUCUGGGAGAGCUUCAGAUUCCGUCGCGCGCGCCUCGCCCUCCUGAGCUGCUUCUGCACUAGAAUGUUGCGGCAGGUCUUGCACAGGGGGCUGAAAACGUCUUUCGCCAGACUCGGCCACUUCAUUGCCAGCCACCCGGUCUUCUUCGCCUCCGCGCCCGUGCUCAUCUCCAUCUUGCUGGGGGCCAGUUUCAGCAGGUACCAGAUCGAAGAGAGCGUCGAGCACCUGCUGGCCCCCAAACACAGCCUGGCUAAGAUCGAGAGGAACCUGGUCAACAGCCUCUUCCCCGUCAACCGCUCCAAGCACCGGCUCUAUUCCGAUCUGCAGACCCCUGGGAGAUACGGCAGGGUCAUCAUCACAUCCUUCGUGAAGGCGAACAUGCUGGACCAACACCACACCGAUCUGAUCUUAAAGUUGCACGCUGCUGUGACCAGGAUCCAAGUACAAAGACCUGGUUUCAAUUACACAUUUGCCCAUAUCUGCAUCCUAAAUAAUGACAAGUCUUGCAUAGUGGAUGACAUUGUGCAUGUCCUGAAGGAACUAAAGGCUGCUCGCUUGUCUAAUCAAACUAAUUUUGCUAUCACAUAUCCAAUCACGCACUUAAAGGAUGGCAGGGAAGUAUACAAUGGGCACCAGCUUGGCGGUGUCACUGUGCACAGCAAAGACCGAGUGAAGUCUGCUGAAGCUGUUCAGCUCACAUACUAUUUGCAGGCAAUCAAUUCCCUAAAUGACAUGGUGGCGGAAAAAUGGGAAUCCAACUUUUGCGACACUGUGGAACUGUUCCAGAAAUCCAACCAGAAUGUCACAAUGUAUCCCUUAACUUCAUCUUCACUUCAAGAAGACUUUCAGAAGACAAGUAGGGUGUCAGAGCGCUACCUGACUACGAGCCUGGUUCUUGUGGUAACCUUGGCCAUGCUGUGCUGUUCCAUGCAAGAUUGUGUCCGCAGCAAACCCUGGCUUGGCCUCCUUGGAUUGUUAACUGUGAGUUUGGCCACUCUCACUGCAGCUGGAAUCAUUAACCUGACUGGGGGGAAAUACAAUUCUACCUUCCUGGGAAUUCCCUUCAUCGUUUUAGGUCAUGGAUUAUAUGGAACUUUUGAAAUGUUGUCCUCCUGGAGGAGAACGAGAGAAGACCAACAUGUGAAAGAGAGGACUGCUGCUGUCUUUGCAGACUCCAUGCUCUCCUUUUCUCUCACCACUGCCAUGUACCUGGUCACUUUGGGGAUAGGUGCCAGCCCCUUCACAAACAUUGAAGCAGCCAGGAUCUUCUGCUGCAAUUCCUGUAUCGCAAUUUUCUUCAACUACCUCUAUAUACUCUCCUUUUAUGGUUCCAGCCUCGUGUUUACUGGCUACAUAGAAAACAACUACCAGCAUAGUAUCUUUUGUAGAAAGGUACCAAAGCCAGAGGUCUUGCAAGAAAAGCCUGCCUGGUAUAGGUUUCUUCUGACAGCCAAAUUCAGCGAGGACACGGCAGAGUCAGAGGAGACAAACAGCUAUGAAAGUCACCUUUUGGUGUGUUUUCUCAAACGUUAUUACUGUGACUGGAUAACAAACACUUAUGUCAAGCCUUUUGUAGUUCUCUUUUACCUUAUUUAUAUUUCCUUUGCCUUAAUGGGCUACUUGCAGGUCAACGAAGAGUCAGACCUUAGUAACAUUGUAGCAACUGCGACACGGACUAUGGAGUAUACUGCUGCUCAGCAGAAAUACUUCAGUAAUUACAGCCCAGUCAUUGGGUUUUAUAUCUAUGAAUCAAUUGAAUACUGGAACAUGACCGUCCAAGAUGAUAUGCUAGAGUAUACCAAGGGGUUUGUGAGGAUAUCUUGGUUUGAGAGCUACUUAAAUUACCUUAGAAAACUCAACAUAUCAACGGGAUUACCCAAAAAGAAUUUUACAGAUAUGCUGAGGAACUCCUUUCUGAAAGCACCCCCGUUUGCUCAUUUUUCAGAGGAUAUCAUUUUCUCCAAGAAGUACAACAAUGAACUCGACAUUGUGGCCUCUCGAAUGUUCUUGGUGGCUAAGACAAUGGACACCAAACGGGAAGAGCUUUACCGUCUCCUGGAAACCUUAAGAAAGCUCUCUCUCAAAUCCAAGGUCAAGUUCAUUGUCUUCAAUCCAUCCUUUGUCUACAUGGAUCGUUAUGCCUCAUAUGUGGGGGCCCCCUUGCAGAACUCCUGCAUCAGUGCUUUAUUCCUGCUCUUCUUCUCUGCUUUUCUGGUGGCAGAUUCUCUCAUCAAUGUGUGGCUCACGCUCACCGUUGCCUCAGUCGAAUUUGGAGUUAUCGGUUUUAUGACCUUGUGGAAAGUAGAGCUGGACUGUAUUUCUGUGCUGUGCUUAAUUUAUGGGAUUAAUUAUACAGUUGACAACUGUGCACCUCUCUUGUCAACAUUUGUCCUGGGCAAAGAUUUCACAAGAACUAAAUGGGUAAAGAAUGCCCUGGAAGUGCAUGGAGUAGCUAUUUUACAAAGCUACUUCUGCUACAUCGUUGGUCUGAUUCCUCUCGCAGCUGUGCCUUCAAAUCUGACCCGUACACUGUUCAGGUGCUUGUUUUUGAUAGCAUUAGUCACCUUCUUUCAUUGCUUUGCCAUUUUACCUGUGAUAUUGACUUUUCUGCCACCAUCCAAGAAAAAGAGGAAAGAGAAGAAAACUCCUGAAAACCGGGAGGAAAUAGAGUGUGUUGAAAUGGUGGAUAUGGAUAGUACCCGAGUGGUUGACCAAAUUACAACAGUCUGACUAGUUGGUUUGUUUAUCUUUUUUUAAACAAAACAAAACACCACCCUAGAUCUUACCAAGAGAAGAAAAUCAUAUUGAUUAUAUAAGAAUGGUGUUUGGAUGUCUGUUUUCAAAUUAAAACUAGGAGCAUCCAAAGCAAAGUGUAAAGGGGAAAUAAUAAUAAUACAUGGAUUGGUCUUCACAUAAAAAAGUACAGUGAAAUUUACAUUCACCCAAUACAAAGAGAGUGCCAAUUUGGGUUGCUGCUUGAGAUAAGAGAGUAGAGGUAGGUUGGUUAUUAAAUAGCAUAAACUGCUUGUGUCUGCCCUGCAGAUGCUGUUGUCCUUGUGGCAAAAUCCCAGCAUGUUGAAAGGUCAACUGUCAACGCUGAAGAAACAGCUAAGUGUACAUUUCGGACAUCAAGGCUAUAGGAAACUUUCAGUACAGCAAUAACUCAAGUCAGUGAGUCAGCUAUUAUGGAUCUUAGCCAUCACAUCUAACUUUCCUUUCUGUUGCUUUUUUUCUGAAUGGAAAUGUAUAUGCAAGUUUGUUAAACAAAAAAGGCCAAGGAGAUUUUAAAAAAUUACACACAAGGAUAAAUACAGCAAUCUCUGUCAAAGUAGGAUCUUGUUGCAGUUGCCUUCUUUUCUGAAUUGAUAGAUGUUUUAAAAUGUAAUUAGCCCUCAGUAUAUUUUAAUAUAACAUGAUUUUGUAGCAUUUCUUUUUCAUUUUAAGAAAAUAUAGAAUGAUAUGUAUAAGACAUCAUACACAUACACACACAUAGUUCAUGUUUUCUGAUCCAGCUCCGCUUUCUGAAUGUGUUUGUCUCAUUGAAGAGACGUGGUUUACUGAAGGCUAAAUUUCGUAGGACUCUGUUAAAUAUGCUGGAUGAUCUAGUGACAAAAGGAAGGGAUAUUUUAAGCGCUUCACCACCAAAAUCCAUGAAAGCCUCCGAUGCCUAAAUUGCAUCAAGAAAAAGUGAAUGUAAGGGCUCUUUAAAAAUAAGAGCCUUCACUCCAGGCCAUUCACUAGUAAUGCACACUAAGAGGAUCAAUGAGUAGCUUUACAUAACAUACAAUGUGGUCUGCAACCCUCUGUCAAUAACUUCCAUUUCAGUAAUCUCCACUGUAGACCAUGAGUCACGGAAAUUAGUGGGGCUACUUUGAAAGAAGUGGCUUUUGAAUUCUUAAUACUGCAGGUUAAGGUUAUGUUAAAAGCAGAUGCCCUAACAAUAAUGAAAUGCAAUGGACACACCAUCCCUAAGAUUCAUUUGAUACAGAAUGCCAGAGACAGGUGGAAACCAAUAUUAUAGAUAAAUAAUUAAUAUUAUUGCAAUGAUCUAUGUCACAGGAGUUUUUAAGGUGACUACAGGUCUCUUUCGUAUAUAUCUCCUUGUAUUAGCUAAAGCAAUGCCACCCUUGACAAGCUUUAGUGAAGGUAUUCGGAACCAAAUUUUAGGAUACUGCUGUAGCUUCAGUGGCACAGGAUACUGUUCUGUGGGGCACAGCUGGAUAGUUUACUCCAAGUGUUCCCUCCAAGUUCCACCCACCCACCCACCCAGUGGUCACUAGUGCAAUUGCACUAGCAUUGGGAAGGCAGCACCAGAUGGCCAACCUCCAGAUGCAAUCCCACAAUCUUCUUGUAGCUCUGUUUCUCAGUUCUGCAUCUGCCCUGAAUAAUACCUUAGGUCAGUGGAGCUGUGCAAAGACUGCGCUAGAAAACCGUCUCGCAACUGUAUCUGUGGCUGCUGCUGAUCCUGCACCAGAGGACGUUUUGCCCCAAGAUUAGAACAAGGGGCAUCUUUGCCCUCUUCUGUUGGCACUGGGGCCUUGAUGCAAAUUCCUAUGUGCCAUUGUAGAAAUGGGGAUGUUAAUGCAACAGCUGAGAAGCUAAAUUUUCUGGCUUCCACAAAUAAUCUUUCAAUGAUAAUGUUUUUCACUAGAAGAAAAAGUUGGAAUGGGUUUCUGUGUUCAGAUAUUAUGUAUAAGCAUUCAGAUUUCCUGCAAGGGAUCUGGCAAGGAUUUAGAGAGUACACAAAUUAUCUCCCAUACGUCUAGCUAACAAAAGUGGUCUUUCCUGAAUCGCAGAUGUUUCCGAUUGUCUGCAGUUUGGACAAACUUUGAGGAUAAGCAUAUGAACCAUUUGCUGAAACAAACCAGUGAUUUGGUUAAGUCUCUUUUGUUCAUUUUCAGAUAUACAUCCAAGCCAUUCUUGCUGCUCCACUUUGAUGGAGGAGCUUCUUUUGUUGCUGUUCAGCUGUUGAGUAUCUGUAUGUAUGUGAAAGUUAAGAUGUUUUGUUUCAAAUGUAAAAUAUUUUGUCAUUCUUCCAGCAUAAGAGGUGUUCAAGCAAGAGCCAUUUGUAUCCCUGCCAAACCUUUCUCCUUUCUAAAAUGGAAAUCACACACAGACACACAAAGCACCAUAAUGCCCAAAUUUGGCAAGCUCCUGUGUACACCAAUACUCUGAUGAAUAUACAGUAGCAACUGGAAGUUGUAAUGCAACUUCCUUCUUAGAAACUUUCAAUGGAAUAUCAUCUUUGUAUCACACAAGACUGAUGGAUAAAAAAGUAGCAUUUUCUGGAGAGGUGGCCAUAGCAAUAAAAUAAAUAAAGAAGAAGAAUCUUGUGACACCUUAAAUAUUAAGGUGUAAUACUGAAGUGUAAUACUGAAUUACAGGUACAUAUAUGUACAGUUUAUGUAGUUUGGAGGGUGGGGGAUUGUAAACAGUGGGAGUCAGAGGGAAAUGAAAUGCAGAAAAGUAUAGGGAGUGAUAAUUACAUAAUUUACAGUAAUUUACAAAACAGAUGUUGAUACUAUAGACACAGUAGCAUUGGUAAGCCAAUUGACACAUAUGUGCUAAAAUUAUUUGUCUUGGUUUAGCCCACAAGUGAUAGCAUGGGUCCUCUUGAUGUAUUCACAUUGCAGUCUCCCUUUGAAGUUCCUAUAUUCCAAGAUGGCCACUCAAAGUCACUUACAGAUCAUCCCAGGAGGUUGAAAUGUCCCCCCUCUGGCUUUUGAAUAUUGCCAUUUGUGAUGUCAGGUUUAUGUCCAUUUAUUUUUUGUGUGUAGAAACUUGCCUGUUUAUCCUGUUUAGAAUGGCAGAAGGGCAUUGUUUGCAAAUAAUGGCAUAUAUCGUAUUGGAAGAUAUGCAGGUGAAUGAACUCCUGGUGUUGUGGAUGACAUUAUUAGGUGCUAUAAUAGUUCUGCCAAAGUAGGCAUGGAGACAAAGCUGACAUCUGGGUUUGCCACAGGGGCUGGUCCAUGUGUCAGUGUCCAUAUCCCUGGUGGUGGUGGUGGUAGGUGUACUUUGGAAAGUACAGUCUACUUUAAAAGGAGGAAUUAAUUCUUCAUUCACAAAUUCCCCCCAGCCAAAGCUCAGGCCCUAUAGUAUAAUUUAAUUUACAGUGAGAUACAGCAAAUACAUUUCUUUUGGUGAAAACUUAAAAUGAUUUGUAUCAUCUAGAAAGUGAUUUUGUUCUCCCUGCUCCAGGUUAUAGUUCAGCAAAAUCUUUUAUCUUACAAACCUGUAUGCUUGCUUCAAUUAUUUUUCAAAAAUGUCCUUUUUCACACCUGUUCCUAAGCUGGAUGCUGAGAAUAUUUUAAAUUUGUCUCCCAAAUACACAGUGGAAGAAAUCCGGUGCAAAGGUCGUCAUAUUUAAAUGUCCCUGAAAUUAAUAGGGAUUUAAAGCAGCAAGUCUAGGUUGGAUUGUGGCCACUGAGAUUAGAUCUGAUAUGACGUCAUUACAUUUUCAAAAUAUCACCUGCUUAGCCUAAGUGCUGAUAACUAAAUAACUCAUUUAAAAGCGUUACAGUAUCCAUGUAAUAACAGAUUGAUCAGAGCAGAUUUUUUACUCCAGGAGUGUGUGUGUGUGUGGGGGGGGGUAAUAAGCUUAAUUUAGUCUGCCUACCAAAUCCAUUCACAGUAGUAUUCCUGGAGAUAUUAUUCCCUAUAGUGGCUUUGUGGAAGUUAAUUCUUGUAAGCAACCUGAGUCUAGGGGAAAAUGAAGGAAGAAAAACUGGAGCAACUGCAACAGUUUCAUUGCAAAUGAUCCAUAUCCAAAAUUUAUGCCCAGAAUUUUAUUGGAAACAAUGCAAAUUAGAUGAACACUAGAGUUCAAAAACCUGAAAAUCUGACAAAAUACAUCUUUUUUCUUUCUUUCUAAAUGCCAACCACCUUACUAAAUGAGACCAGAUCUCUAAAAACUUGACAUCUAAAUGGUUUGAUGUUAUACUGAAAUGCGCCAAUUUCUCUUUGCAUGAUAUUGAGGCUUCAUAUGACAGUGCCGGAUACAGAAGUAGUAGUUUUUUUCAGCGCCAUUUCCUGUUCUUCUCUUUGUUUAUUCUUCUGCCAAUAGGUGGCCCCUGCUUCAGUCAAUGUAUCAGUUCCAUUAGGAAAACAGACACAAAACUAGUUUUGUUUUGCGGGGAAAUUCAGAAAAGCCAUCAUUCACUGUGAAAACUUUGAACAACAAAAACUAAAAACCGUAUUAAACUCACUGUUAAAGAUAAAGGCUGGGAAAGGCACCCUGGAAGUAGCAUAGUCACUGCCCACUAAAAGAAACUGUUUUUCCUGGUAUAUGUAGAGUAAGCAUCUGUUCUAAGUGGACUGCACUUAUGUCUAUCGAUGAAAGGUUGAAGGCCGUACAGAUUUUUUCUGUUGCAUGGGAAAGUGGCUGCCAAGAAUGCAAGCUGUGGAUCGACUUAGGGUAUGGCUGCUACAUAGUGUUUAUUCUGAUUGAUGGGUUAAUUAAUUGAUGAAAUAUAUGGCCAUACCCGCCUCCUGCAUAAGCUUGACAAUAGGGAUAACCUUCAAACCACAAAUAUUUUUUCCCAUAUCUUUAAAAGUUUUCUAUCUUGGCCUUCCAAUGCAUCUGCAUUGCUCAGAGUGGCUUGCAGCAGCCAAAUUACAACAAUCCCAUAAUAAAACAAUGAGGCAUAGUCAUACAUAGGGAUAUAAGGAGACAGCGGUUUCUGUCCUAUCCUGUGUUUAUUGCGAUUAGCGCUGUGCCUGUUCUGCUACAGUUCAUCUUCCACUUAAACCUACAUUGCUUUGUCUUGUUCUCAGCUAUGGCCAACACUAUGAAAUUAAUUACAUAAUUGAUUUUAAUGUGUUUCAAUGAAAGGGCAACAUCAAAAGCCACACAGAAAAUAAUGUAAUUAUUUACCUAACAUUUGUGGACUAAACAAUGACGACAGUGAAUACCACUCGUAUUCACUUGCACGAUUUCCAUUUCUGACCUAUGAACAUGUGAAUUGUGACAAUUUCUCCACAUCCCUAGCCAUGCAUCAGUUGGAUAAGAACACAAACAUCAUGAAAUCAUAUCAGCAAGGUAGCUUUUGACCUUGGACACUUAUGAACCCCCGCAGAGACCUAGUUCAUAUCUAAAUGGUGCAGUGUUCUUAGAUCCACUGCUAGAACAUAUUAUUAUAAAUACACUUCUAGAAAUGAUUUUAAAACCACCAAAUACUUUACUGAAUAGAAAUGCUUUGUACUGUUUUCAAAACAAUUUGAGGCUGUGGUACAAGCAAACUUCUAUAAGUAGAGAACUCCAGAGGUUUCAGGCUGCUUUUGAGAUUGCUCUUACGCCUGCUGUAAUAUGGACCCUUAUGUACUAGGGAAUUUGACUGCCUGCCUGCCUGCCAGCUUCACCCUCUCCUGUCCACCCUUCUACUAGGAAUAACUGUGCCCAGUAAUGGCUCUGAAGCUCCCUCACAGGGUCUCCUCCUCCCACGCAGGAUGUGGUACCAAGGGAACCAGACAAUAAGACCCAUUAAGUUCCAGCCUGGUAAAAACAAGAGCCUCUGAGAUGCUCUUCAAAUUGUCAGGCUGUGGAUUGGAAUUCAAAGCAUCACAAGCUGCAUCUUCUACUACCUCCAGUCACAACUGGCUGACCACUGUGAGAACAGGAUGCUGGACUAGUUGGCCAUUGGCUUGAUCCAGCAGGCUCUUUUGUUCUUGUGUUCUUACAGCCCCAGGGAGAGGCUCAGAAGGAACCUCCCAACUGUUCUAUGUUGUAAAAAACUGAAGUUUAAUGGAGCUCAGUCCCUGGCAAUACUAACUAAUGAGCACAGUUGAGAAAACUGCAAUGUUAUGACUGAUCCCUCAAGCAGAAACUAAAGGUUAAACUUGUGAAUUCCAUUAUUGACUGAAAUACAUAAACUAUAUAUUCAUACAACUAUUGUUAAUUCUGAGCAGUGAAGAAAACUAAUCUGAAGUGCAGGAGUAAUGAACUAGCAAACUUUUGAAGGGGUUUACAAAAAGAGAAGGUACAAUUUACAGGCUACAGAGCAUGAAAGCGGAAAACAACUGCCAGGUAAAUUUUUUAAGAGGAGGAAAGUGAUAAUGUAAUUCUGUAAGAGAAGGCAUUGUUUUACCAGAAGGACUUAAAGCCAAAACUCCUGUCCCCUUUAACACCUCCAUCAUCUACCACUCUGUCAGACUAGCUAGUCAACAUAACAUGCAAAAUUCUCAUUAUUUUUGAAUAGCCAUAUUUGAUACAAGUUCUCAUUUUUGGUGACUGGAAAUGAUGUGCACAAUCCAGCAAAGCUAUUGAACUAGUUGGAUUAGAAUUACAGUAAUCAGUCCCCAAUCCAACAGUUUCUUUUGCCUUUUAUUCCUGAUAAGGAACUUAUAUAGAAUGAAGAAAACUUCCUCUUGGUUCAGUAACAUCCUCAUCAACACUGCUGCUUUUUGCAAUCAGUUUUUGUUCAGCCAGUUGUUCAGGGUAAAGUGCUAUUUUCAUUUAGAAACAGGUAUAUUUUUAUUCAUUGUCUCUCUCACCAAGGCCAGUUCCAGGGAACCCUGGGCAAGAUGGGGUCUGGGGCUCCCACCUCAUUCCUCAUGCCAUCAGACGUAGUGACAAUUCUUCAUCCACCUUCUUCCCCACCUCGUUCAGGCAGAAUGCAGGUGGUGGCCAUCAUUGCCAGUUGCUCACCUGGUGAUCCAGCAGCAAUGAUUGGUAGGAAUACCACCAACAGCUACUACUCAGAGACAGACAGCGCUGGUUGCUGCUUUUUGUUGCUGCUGAUCACUGACUUGCUCAAGUGGGCAAGUGGUGGUGACAACUAGGAGAUGCAACAGCCACUUGCCUGCUUAUUCCUCCUCUCCACACGACUGCUGCUUUGAGCAACCAUUGCCACUUGCCUAUCACUUACUCAUCUUAUCAGUCUUCAGCUCUUGCUUGCCCAACUAGAGUUAGGGAUACCAUCAUUUUGUCAUUUCAAAAAGAGUACAUUUGGCUUCGAUCAAUGAAAAGUAAGAGUAUGCUGUUGCACCAUCUCAAAAAGAGUACAUGUACUCUUAAAAGAGUACGGUUGGUAACCCUAACUAGGGUGAGUGAUGGGUGUCAUCAAGCAAUGACUUCUGCAGUUGUCAAGAUGGAAAAGAGACUACUUGUCUUGUUCCUGUUAUGUGGGAGGAGAGGAGUCACAGCCACCAAGCAACUGGUGGUGGCUGCAGCUGCACUAUGGUGGAUCAUGAGUUGGCAGUGGGCCCUCCUAGAGUGCCAGGGCUUCCGUAUCUGCCCAAUGAUCCAGACCCCUUGGUGCUAGCCCUGUGCCUCUCUUUCAAUGAGGUAGCAGUCAACUGAGAUGAAAAUAAGAUUAAAAUUUAAGAUUUUAGAAGGGACCACUGAUAGCUUUUUUGUAGCAGACUGUGACCUUACAUUUGCUCAGACAACUGCAGUAGAAAUCAUGAGAAGUUCCCAGUGUUCAGUAUGAAUAGACAUGAAGACAACUAAAGUCAUUCCUGAAAAUAUGAAGCACUUUUGAAGACUUUGCUCAAGCAAGCCAAUUGGAGGGAAGCAUGACUAUGAGUCAGUUCAUAGUUAUUCCAGCCCCUCAGAAAGGCCUCUAGAGGGUUCAUGGUGAGUCAGCAUUCAUGUGGAUGUGCAUUUAUGAGAACCAAUUCUCUAUUGGAAGCUAUACAUGUCACUAAGCAUGAGCAUGGUAUCCAUUAACAGAUUGCAGUAAUUGCAAAAAUUGUGAUAGCAUAUACAGCCCCCGCAAAGAGAUGCUAGUUCUCACAAACCGUACCUCCAUGUGAGCACUGCCAAAGUUCCUAACACUGCAUUCCAAGGGAGAGUGGAAGAAUGUUUGUAGACUGGCCAACUAUAGUAUUUUGAAGAAUGUGUUCAUGUUCAUUGUGAAUGAAUAAGUACAGCUUCUGAAGCUAAACUCAACAGACAAUCCUCCGUUUACUUCCUCCUUAAGAAGCAAUCUGAGAACUGAGCCACCAGCAUACGCAUUCUUCCUCUACAGAACUACUCAUCAGAUUGAUAGAAGUUUGCUUCUUGAGGGGAAGGUGUAUCAUCAACCUGAACUCCAUUUUCUAAGAAACAUUAGUGCUGGAAGCUGGCAAGCAGCAGCUCUUGAGUAGGAAGAAUUAGAUCCUCAAGAACUGCUGUGAUACUUGACAAAGAAGAACUGAAUGUAAUGUUUGUUUGGCUAAUAAAUCUAGUUUAUAUUUUCUUCUUGCCCUUCAGAAGGGAAUGAAGGCUGGCUAUUUUUAAACGUUGGCUUCAUCUGUACUCCGCUAAAUAGAAUAUUCUAGUCAAAACAUAUCUAAAAAAUUCUUUUUAUUGUAGUAAUGUACAAAGGCCUGUUCAUUUUCCUCUUCAUCCCUAAUCAUCACCUAAUAACCUAAAAAGAAUGGUACCAAGACUGAAGUCUACCUGACAGCCAUGCCAAUGGCUAUGUAAAUACUACUCCUUUGUCUUCAGCAUGCAGUAACAGACUGCAGUUGCUCACUGAUGUGUGCAGGUCCUGUACACGCUCUCUUGUUUUCAUCUUAGGUUGUUUAAAACCAUCUAAGAUUCCACCAUAGUAUUGAAAACAGAGUGCAAGGCUGAGAAGCCUGGUCACUUGCCCAGGAAGUUAAAAAGAAAUUAUAAUGAAAUAGUGGAUGCAACCCUCCAAUCCACCAUGCAAAUAACAGGCAUGGGUGUAAAUCUGAGCCCUAGUCAGGCAUUUGUUCACUGUAUCAAUGGAAGGGCUAUGGGGCCACACCCUUCAAACCCAGCCCACCAUCUCUGACCUUCCCACACGAUCCUGGUCAUGGAGAGGACUAUAACUGCAUUCAGCCAAAUAUGCUUACAAUCUUCCUUCAGAUCUUUUCAUUCAGCAUAGGAAGUUUAGAGGUGAUGGGGCAGGGUUGGCAUGCACAGCCCCUCCAAUGAUCCAAUUAAACUUAAGAAUAGAGCUCUGGAAUCUGUGCAAUCUUUUUGGAAAAGACACAUUCUCAAUGUAUCUGGACUGAGCCUGAGCCCUGAUAACAAUUAAGCCUCAUGUUUCCUUCCAAACAAGUUUGACUUUUCAGGGUGGCUAUAGGUAUAUUUCCUGCUUUUUACAAGCUAGAGCCAUGAUUCAUUAGCAUUAGCCUUUAGUGUGCUUUCAGGUAAUCUGUGAGACUAUGACAAAAAAUAAUAUACUAAAAAUCCAAGAUUUUGCUAAAGCGGAUGUUGCAAUUGGCAUUUCAUAAAAAGCACCACCUACACUCAUGAUCUCCCAUAUGGAAAACGCUUCAGUUUACCUACAGUGAGUAGUCUAUAAUGAAAUAAUAAAUUGUGAUUAGAUCUACUUAUGAAUUAAGUAUUGGCAAACAAAUGUUUCAGUGAUGAGCUAUGUGGAGUAUGCAAAGUCCCAGUACUAUCAAUAAUGCCUUUCCCUCCUUCACACUAUGAAUGCAUUUAUUGGUCAUAGUAAACCAGUACUGGACGUGGUGGGUCACCACUGCUCAUCUGAUCUCCAGUCGGUCGUGUUGCUGCUGCUUACAGGGAGGUAGAUAGGAAGCAGCAAGGUUGGUGCAGUGCAAAUGCACUGGUGGAAGCAUGGGAUUGGCUCUGCCAAUACAUUUGCACUGCGCUGAUUUUGCCGCUGCCUCACCCCUUCUACUCUACCUCCCAGUAAGCAGCUGUGACGUGACCGACUGGGAGAUCAGGUGAACAACUGUACCCCACCACUCUGUCCACUACUGCAGUUCAUAGUGUAGCUGCAAUGAAGUACAGAAGGGACUAAUUUUAAUUCAGAACCUUUUCAAAGAGGCCCCUCAUGUGGGCAACAACAGCAGAAGAACAUGUGAUAGAACAUGAAACACAGAACAAUGGUCCUCAAUACAAGGUUUAAGAAACUGUUGAGCUAGGAAGUUAAACCAUGGCAUAUGACAUCACCAGCUAAUCACAAGAUUCAUAGACCAAACAUUGAUUACCUACACUUGUUGCCUAUCAUUAGUUACGAUACCUGCCUAGAACUAUUCACUGAUUUGUUUAAAGAAGUUUAUCUUUAUUUACUGCAGUCCUCAACUGCUUGCUCUGAUUACUCAUAGCCUUCUAUGACUCUAAUAUAAAGGGGUUUUUUUUCAGGCAAUGGGCUUUCCUUCUAAAACAGCAGGUGAAAUCCAGCAGAUGAGUUGUUCACAAAUGAGGAGCUCUUACUUGAAAAGCAAAGUCUAUUUAUUAAAUGGCCAGAUGUGAUGAAUUUGUUUUUUUUUAUAAAGUACACUUUUAGAACCUUGGCAGUUGACCUUCCAUGGGUAAGAAUGUGAAGGUGCUUGGAGAAUCACAGGCUCCUUUUAGUGGCUGAUUGUAUCCCUCCUCUUCAUGCUCUGUAAAAAUUAAAAACUCUGCAGCAUAUUCAGAUAUGGAUUAGUGUAACAGAGAGUACCUGGGCCACAUUCGUGGACAUGGUGGUGAUCAAUUGGUGUAUUAGUUUAAGUUUGCUUUGCAAAGCCAAGACUAAACCUAGCCACUGUCAUGUACGCUCUUUUCAGAAUUCACACACAUGACUAGCUCUGCAUGUUAUCUUGUUGGGCAGACCCAAUAAUGCAGUUUUAAUCUAUGACUAAAGUACAUGUGUAAUGUAUGUGCAUCAAAUAUAAACUUUAUCAGGCUUUCAGUGAGCAUGAAUGGGAGGAAGGGAAUCUCAGGUGACCAAGCAAUGUAAUGAAUUCAUAUUAUCAUUAUUAUUCCUUUGAAAGUUGUGGGUUUUUCAGCCACUGCGGAGGAAACAUGUUUGAAAGCCUGGUGAUGAUUUUAUGUCUGGGGAAAAACCCUCUCUCUCUCUUUCUCUCUUUUCCUUACAAAAUUCCCAGAAUUCAGCCACUAUGGUUUAAUGGCUCCCCUUACACUCUUUUGCAAUUGUAAGCACUCAGGGUUUUCACUGAAAAGGGUGGCUGGAUGCAGCUUCAGGAUUAAUUGUAUCCUAAAAAGUUAUGUAAUUAUGCACCAACAGCUGAAGGGACACAAUUUUAAGUCAACCUGUUGUGACAGACACUGUGUAAUGUCAUACAAUCAAAUGCAAUGUUUAGUAAACAUAAA